AUGGAAAAAGUGACAUGGGUUCUACUGCUAGCAGGCCUGCCAGCCUUAGAAGCCAAUGACCUUUUUGAUAAAGACAGUCCCUUCUACUACGACUGGGAAAGCAUCCGGCUGUCUGGGAUGAUCUGUGCAGGGAUCAUAUUCCAUGUUAUGUGGGACAAGGUCACUUUUUAG